AAAAACAUGGCUGCGCGAGUGCGCGGGGAGAGAAUAGGGAUUUCACUACGUGUGGAAAUUUGGAAUGAAAAACUCACUGGACAGUGACCCCGUACGACGACCUGUGUGUUCUUCUCUGCGAACAUCCCAGCAAACUUGAACCAAAUAGAACGCACCUCAAUUUUUGAUCUGACUCUCAGUUCUUUAUCAACGAUUUCUGUGAUAGGAAAAUGGAGAAUAUCUUCUAUAUUUAGUUAAAUAAAUUUCUCGAUUGACAAAUUAAUUAUCUUCCAUUUUUCUUUCAAGUCUCAAUCUCAAGUUUUGCUCCUUUUGCUUCCUCUCACUACCCUGCAGAAUCAGAUUCUGCUUCUGUUUCGCGGAAUCCCAAUUUCUUAGCGGAUGGUUUGGUGCAAAAUUUUGUAAGGUACUGGUAUUAAAGUAUGGUUGGCAGCAAGGCGGAUAAAACCUCAAAUGACAAGGAACCCAAGACUCCUGCUACGUCACAGGAGCAGGCUUCGACCACCAGCACUGGAGCAAUAAAUCCUGACUGGUCUAGCUUUCAGACUUAUUCUCCUAUACCUCCGCAUGGAUACUUGGCAUCAAGCCCGCAAGCCCAUCCAUAUAUGUGGGGCGUUCAGCAUAUUAUGCCUGCCUAUGGUACUCCACCACAUCCUUAUGUUGCAAUGUAUCCCCCUGGUGGCAUAUACGCACAUCCGUCAAUGCCUCCGGGAUCUUAUCCUUUUAGUCCUUUUGCCAUGCCUACUUCUAAUGGUAUUGCUGAGGCUUCAGGAAACACACCUGGCAGCAUAGAAGGUGAUGGUAAGCCUCCUGAGGUGAAGGAAAAAUUGCCGAUAAAAAGAUCAAAAGGAAGUUUGGGCAGUUUGAAUAUGAUCACAGGGAAGAAUAAUGAACUUAGUAAAAACCCAGGGACGUCUGCUAAUGGAAUUCAUUCAAAAAGUGGUGAGAGUGCAAGCGAAGAUACAAGUGAAGGAAGCGGAGCAAAUUCUCAGGAUGACUCUGAGUUGAAAUCAGGGGGCAGGCAGAAUUCUUUGGAAGCUGAACCACCUCAAAAUGGAAGUUCAGUGCACCCUCCUCAAAAUGGGGGAGUUAAUACUCAUCACGGGGUGGUUAAUCAAGUUAUGCCUAUCUCUGCUGCUGGCGCUCCUGUAGCCGUCCCUGGUCCCACAACAAACCUAAAUAUUGGAAUGGAUUAUUGGGGAGCACCAACUUCUUCUGCAGUUCCUGUGCUGCAUGGAAAGGUUCCUUCUAAUGCAGUUGCUGGGGGAAUGGUUGCUGCUGGAUCACGGGAUGGUGUUCAGUCACAACAUUGGCUUCAGGAUGAACGAGAGCUUAAAAGACAAAGACGGAAGCAGUCUAAUAGAGAAUCUGCUCGCAGAUCCAGGUUGCGCAAGCAGGCUGAGUGCGAUGAACUAGCACAACGUGCUGAGGCCUUGAAAGAAGAAAAUGAUUCUCUCCGGUCGGAAGUGAGUCGAAUUAAGAGUGAGUACGAGCAGUUGCUCUCAGAGAAUGCUGCACUGAAGGAGAGACUGGGCGAACUUCCUGAGAAAGAAGAUUUUAGGUCCGGCCAGAAUGAUGAAAAUGUUAGUAACGAAGCUCAACAGACUGGGCAGGAGGAAGGCUGUGAAGGGUGAUCAGUAGAAUUUAGCUACAUGCUGAUUGUGGCCCAGGAAUAUAAACUAACCUUGUAACAUCGGCAAGUUCUUGUUUUAGAUAGCUUGUAUAUCAAAUUUGAUUUUAGAGCUGACCAUCAAUAUUAAGUCUCAGUGUAUCUGCAGUUCCUGUUGUAACAUUCCCCAUUUCUCAUUUGGCUUGUUUGACAGUCAAGCAAAGCUGGAUUGUAUUGUAUUUAUCUUUGUCAAAAUAUAUUCCAUGCCAUCUUAAUGCAUUUGGUGCUCAUCAUUCAA